CCUCCUCAGGCCCCCCCUCGCCCCCCGCCAUGGCUCAGACGUUGCAGAUGGAGAUCCCCAACUUCGGCAACAGCAUCCUGGAGUGCCUCAACGAGCAGCGGCUGCAGGGCUUGUACUGCGACGUCUCGGUGGUGGUGAAGGGUCACGCCUUCAAAGCCCACCGUGCCGUUUUGGCUGCCAGCAGCUCCUAUUUCCGGGACCUUUUCAACAGCAGCAAAAGCUCGGUGGUGGAACUGCCUGCCGCCGUUCAGCCCCAAUCCUUCCAGCAGAUCCUCAGCUUCUGUUACACCGGGAGGCUCAGCAUGAACGUGGGCGAUCAGUUCUUGCUGAUGUACACCGCAGGCUUCCUGCAGAUCCAGGAGAUCAUGGAGAAGGGCACCGAGUUCUUCCUGAAGGUCAGCUCGCCCAGCUGCGACUCGCAGGGGCUGCACGGGGAGGAAGCACCGUCCUCAGAGCCGCAGAGCCCCGUAGCUCAGACCUCCUCGUGGUCCUCCGGCGGGGCGGCCGCCGCUCUGCCGUUGGUAUCGAGGGUGAAAACGGAGCAGGGAGAACCCGACGGGGUGCAGUGCACCAUCGUGGUCAAAAGGCUGUGGGACGGCGGCUCCAAGGACGGGGGGAACGGCAGCAGGAAGAUGGCCAAGUUCUCCACCCCGAAAAGCGGGAGGCAGCAGCAGGGAGCGGGGAUGGCAGCCAGCACUGCGGACCAAACCAGCCCUGGUGGAACCUCCAGCGCCUACACCAGCGACAGCCCCGGAUCCUUCCACAACGAGGAGGAUGAGGAGGAGGACGGAGGGGAGGAAGGCUCGGAUGAGCAGUACCGCCAGAUCUGCAAUAUGUACGCCAUGUACAGCAUGAUGAACGUGGGGCAGGCAGGUGAGGCCCC